AUGGCGGAGAUGGACACUCAAAAGGAGAGAAUUUGGGACUUGUUGAGUUUUGGGGGGGUUGGGAUUUUGGGGAUGGAGAUUUGGAUUGGGAUUCUGGGCUUUGAAAUGGGAGAUGAGGAAGGGGAAGAGAUGGGUACUUUGGAGGAGGCCAUGAUCGUGUUGGCCAUGGCUAUUCUGGUGCUUUCUUUCUGGUUUGUGUUUGUUCUCUGGACUUUUUGGUUUUGA